AACACUGCCGACCAGACUGUACUUUCCGGAGCACGCAAUCUCUUAUAUGCUGGAGAUCACCGAAAAUCAUUUCGCCGGUGAAUCGGUAGAUUCAAUCGUACACCUACAAUGUUGUCGACCUGCAAUGCCACCGUUGGCAGCUCGAGUCUUGCCUUCCCGAAUCCGCCCCGCCUUUUCCAUCCCAGCAAUCUGAUUUUCGGUCGACGCCGGAAUGCCGUAUUUUCCGGCGAAUCUCUGCGCUCUAGUCCGGUAAUGGCCGUGUCCGCUCAGGAGCCUAAGGUUAUUGAACCCGCCACCUCUGAGCCGAGCCUUGCUAGUCGGCUCAGGCAUGGCAGCUUGGCCGCAGACGGGUUUUCUUUCAAGGAGAAGUAUAUUAUUCGGUGCUCCGAGGUCGGUGUUAACAAAACUGCAACCAUUGAAGCCAUCGCCAAUCUCUUGCAGGAGGUUUCGUGUAACCAUGCUCAGAGUGCAGGAUUUUCCACCGAUGGGUUUGCGACCACUCAUACCAUGAGAAAAUUGCGCCUUAUAUGGGUUGCUGCACGAAUGCACAUUGAGAUUUUUAGAUACCCUGCCUGGAGCGAUGUCAUCGAGAUAGAGACUUGGAUUGCUAGCGAGGGAAGGAUUGGAACACGGCGUGAUUGGGCUAUUAAGGACUGUGCAACUGGUGAACUAAUUGGGAGAUGUACCAGCAUGUGGCUGAUGAUGAACCAAGACACCAGACGGCUUCAGAAGGUAGUUGAUGAUGUUCGUAAUGAGUUGAUACCUUUUUGCCCCAACCCGCCAAGGUUUUCUUUUCCCGAUAAGAGUUCCAGCUCAAAGAAAAUACUUAAACUGGAAGAUCCUGCAGAGUAUUCUCUCCUACGGCUGGUGCCAAGAAGAACUGAUUUGGACAUGAAUCACCAUCUGAAUUUUGUUACCUACAUUGGAUGGGUACUUGAGAGCAUGCCUCAAGAAAUCAUUGAUACGUGUGAGCUGCAAACUAUUACGCUGGAUUAUAAGAGGGAAUGCCAGCACGACGACGUGGUUGAUUCUCUCACAAGCCAUGAACCACUUGAUGGAUCAGUGGCAGGUGAUCGGAAGUGCUUCCUGCAUUUACUCAGACUAUCUAAUGGGGGAGUUGAGAUAAAUAGGGGUCGUACCGAGUGGAGAAGCAAGUCUUGAGCCUUAUUUCCUGCUGAUUUGUAGCAUUGAACAUAUAUAUAUAUAUUUCAUAGCUUGUUUUCUUGAAAGAGAAGCUUGAUCCAGUUCUUGGUGAGUGAUUGGUGUGAACUGAUGUGCUCUUGAAGUUUUGAACUCUCAAACAAAAUCUGUUGGGGAGAACAUUUUUUCUCUCUAACGGUUAAUGAAAUUUUGCUGGGGUU